UCGCUGUUUUGCACAAGCUUAACUUCUCUUUAUAUCAAUAUUAGUUGGUGAAUGUAGGUGGAGUCGCACAAGCUUCUUUGGGAUGAGUUUGCAAUAGCUGGUGCUGUGCGUGAGUUUGGUGGGCUGGAAGUUAUUUUGGACAUGAUCCAGAAACUAUAUCGAAAUUUGGAGCAGGACUGUUUCUGUUGGUCCAAGUAAUUAUCCUGCUAGACUUCACUCAUUCGUGGAAUGAUGCAUGGGUUGCAAAAGAUGAACAGAAAUGGUAUGUUGCUUUGCUGGUGAUAUCAGUUGGGUGCUAUAUUGCAGCCUACACUCUCUCUGGGAUUUUGUUCAUAUGGUUUAAUCCUUCUGGUGAGGACUAUGGCCUUAAUGUCUUCUUCCUUGUUAUGACAAUGGUCCUUGGCUUUGUAAAUGGAAUUGUUCACCCUGUGUUUAUAGAGUGAGAUUGACACGAAGACUUGCUGAACUCCAUCAAAGCUGACACAGUCCGCCUCGAAAGCUUGCUCGUCGGGACUGAUUUGGUGUCAUUUUAAUCCCAAUUUGGGUGCAAAUCUCUCGAAUGGCUGAAUCAGAGCAUGAAAUUUCCCAUCUUGCACAUGUAAUGCGUGAUAUAGAAAAAGAUUAUGAGUUUGCUGUAGGAAUGGUGUUUUCAAAUGAACUCGAAGCAUACCAUAAGUAUGUGGCCUAUGCAAUCGGCAAAGGAUUUGGGGUGAGGAAGGGUCAUAUGUUUAAAAAUAGCAAAGGAGAAUUAACUCGACGGACUUUUGUGUGCAAUUGUGAGGGGCAUUCUCUUAGCUCUUCUGAUAAAGAAGAGAAAUAUGAGAGGUAUGAAGUUAGAUGUGGUUGUCUUGCUCGUAUCAAAUUUAAGGUUGACAAUGGUGUCUAUGAAGUCAUUGAGUAUAUUUCUGAGCAUAAUCAUGCAUUUAUUCCGGAUGAUCAAAAGCAUUUGAUUAGAUGUGGAAGAAUCAUGUCUGAAACUUGUAAGGGUGUAUUAGUUGAUAUGAUUAAAGCCGGCAUUGGGGGAACAACAGCAUAUAAAUUUCUAGCAAAUGAAGCAGGAGGAAGCAAAAAUUUGGGUUUCAACCUCCGUGAUUGUCAAAAUUAUUUGCAGACGAAAAGAGCCGAUGGUAUAAGUGGGGGAGAUUGUCAAAGUGUUCUAAAUCAUUUUCAUUUGAUGCAAAUGCAAAAUCCAAUGUUUUCAUACGCUGUACAGGUAGAUCAAGAUGGUAGAAUGACAAAUUUAUUUUGGAGAGAUAGUAUGUCGAAAUUUGAUUACGACUGUUUUGGUGAUGUGCUAGUGUUUGAUACCACAUAUCGUACCAACAAAUAUAAUAUGAUAUGUGCACCAUUUGUCGAGAUUAAUCACCAUUGGAAGAAUGUUUUGUUCGGUUGUGCAUUUUUGUUGGACGAGACUGCAGAAUCAUUUAUUUGGUUGUUUGAGGCUUUUUUGAAGUCUAUGGGAAAUAAGGCUCCAAAAACCAUGUUCACUGAUCAAGACCAAGCCAUGGAAAAAGCUAUUAGAACGGUGUUUCCGAAUACACAACACCGUUUAUGCACUUGGCACAUCGGGAAAAAUGCCAACCAAAACAUCCCACAUCUUUACCAUAAGCCGAGUUUUAAGGAUAAAUAUUUCUUAGUGCUUAUGUAUGGAUGUACAUCGGAGGAAGAAUUUGAAUCUACUUGGAGGGAAAUGGAAAAGGAGUGGGAUACUGCGAAUAACACUUGGCUUCGGAGAUUAUAUGACAUUAGACACAAAUGGAGUUCAGCUUUUGGUCGCGACACUUUUACAUGUGGUAUAAGAUCCAGCCAAAGGAGUGAGAGCACCAAUAAUGUCUUCCAACGCAUGUCGACGAAGACAUUGACUCUUGUAGAGUUUGUUCACCACUAUGAAGAACAAGUGAAGCACAUGAGAGAAAUUGAAACUCAAGAUGAUUUCAGUAGUCGAGGCGAUCCUAAAUAUGCCAUUUUGGAUAAUGACAUCUUGACGCAUGCUGGUUCAGUGUAUACGCGUACCAUUUUUAAACGGUUCGAUCAUGAAUUCUUGCAAAGUGUCUCUCAACAUAUUUCAAGUGAAGUAUUUGAUGGAUCGGUUUAUUUUUUUACUCUCAAGUUAAAGGGGAAGUUAAAUGGGAGUGAAUAUGUUGUCAAAUUUGACCCUGCAGACUCUUCAGUUUCUUGUGAUUGCAAAUUAUUUGAAUUAAAAGGGUGGUUGUGUCGCCAUGCCUUGAAAGUGUUGAGUCAGAAAUCAUCGAUUACGGGUAUUCCAUCUGCUUAUAUUUUGAAAAGAUGGACUAAGGGUGCCAAAGAAGGGAUUGUGAAUGAUGAACCUCGUGAAAUGGCACCGAAUUCAUCUAAAUUUAAUCGAUAUUCCACGUUAAUGCAUGAAUCCAUCGAAUUGAAUAGUUUGGGAGCCGAGGAUGAAAAUACUAUAAAAAUAGUGAGGAAGGGUAUGGAAAAAACGAAGGCUCAAAUUAUGUCAUACAAAUCAGGUUUGGUUGUGACUGAUGAUGCUAGUGAUGAUGAUGAUAACGGGGCUUCUUUAUGCAAGAAUCCGGUAUUGGACCCCCAUCGAAGGAAAGGAAAGGGAAUGAGUUAUGGAAGACUUAAAAGCUCAAGUGAGAAAAGGAAGAAAAAAGCUAAGAAAGGAACAUCUCCAACGCGAAUAGAAAGUCGAGAGUUGGUUGUUCAAGCAACACGUGAUGAAACUCAUCUCCCGGAUUAUUCGAAUAAUUCCAAUCAGUUUCAAAAUGCCUUUUAUCCUAGCAACAAUAGUGGUCCUACAGUAAAUCUAAAUUUUCAUAAUCAGCCACCAUACAUCAUGCCGCCGGGGAUUAUGAGUGGAUUUUGCCCUAUCCCUAGUCAGAUGCAAUCUCCAUACAUCAUGCCGCCAGGGAUUAUGAAUGGAAUUUCCCCAUUCACAAGUCAGAUGUUGGAGUAUCAUAAUAGAUCUCACGGAACCAUUUUAAGUCAGGGGUCAUCAAACUCUUUUCAGCAUCCUAGGGUGCAUGAGUUGAACGAUUCUAAACGAACACAUACCAAUUGGCCGAAGUAACCAGUUUUCAUGAAUUCUUUGUCAAGUAAUAUGAUUCGAGGUACAAUGGAGGAGUGAGCCAUUGACUCUGUUGUUGGACCACUAGGGACAUUCUCUAUGAAGGUAUUGUCUGCGGCCAAAGUCUUCAUGCUUGAAGGUGUAUAAGGGCUUCUUCUAUUCUUCAUUUUCAAUUUUUUAGGUAAUCAAGAUAUGGUAUUUCCACAAAUGAACGUCAAGAUACGUGAUUAGACUUGGUGUUACGAAUUAAGCUACUUGGUUACCCCUUGCUAAAGCUGGAAAAAUUUUCGAGUGUGUAAGUUUGCCUGGAUUGAUAUAUUGGUAUUUUGGUUUGGACAACUUGUUGCUAGAUUUUAUUUGCCCUAUAAGUGGAAUAGAUAGACAAAUCGUGCAAUGCAA